CUGAUAGAAGGCGGGGUUCUUCUCCCCUCAUGCGAUAAAUCUAUGCAGGUGUGGACCGGAAUCCUUCUGGCGGGCAGGGUGGGCCAAGAAAGGACAGGUCCGGGCACUGUGGCUACAGAUCUGAGACGAGGGUUCCCCGAGGCUGCGGCUUUCUGGCUGGGAGGUGACCAUUCAUUUCUCGUUUGUGGCUGAGGAGCGAGGACCUGUCCGAGGAUUCUCGGUGCCUGGACCUGAAGGGUUGUCUCUGCGUUUACCCUGGCCGGCUGCCGGCCCUCUCAGAGAAGAGGGCGUCCCCCUUUUUCCAUUCCGCAGCCCAGGUGACCGCUGCCAUGGCUUUUCCCCAUCGUCUGGAUGCCCCUGAGCUGCCUGACUUCUCCAUGCUCAAGAGACUAGCACGAGACCAGCUUAUCUAUUUGCUGGAGCAGCUCCCUGGAAAAAAGGAUUUGUUCAUUGAGGCAGAUCUGAUGAGCCCUUUGGAUCGAAUUGCCAAUGUCUCCAUCCUGAAGCAACAUGAAGUGGACAAGCUAUACAAGGUGGAGAACAAGCCAGUCCUCAGCUGCAAUGAACAAUUGUGCUUCUUGGUCAGACCCCGCAUCAAGAAUAUGAGAUACAUUGCCAAUCUUGUCAAUACUGACAAAUUGGCUGGCCGGACUCGAAAAUACAAAGUGAUCUUCAGCCCUCAGAAGUUUUAUGCAUGUGAGAUGGUGCUUGAGGAAGAGGGAAUCUAUGGAGAUGUGAGCUGUGAUGAAUGGGCCUUCUCCUUGCUGCCUCUUGAUGUGGAUCUCCUGAGCAUGGAGCUACCAGAAUUUUUCAGAGAUUACUUCUUGGAAGGAGAUCAGCGUUGGAUCAACACUGUGGCACAGGCCUUGCACCUUCUUAGCACUCUCUAUGGGUCCUUUCCUAACUGCUAUGGAAUUGGUAGAUGUGCCAAGAUGUCACAUGAAUUGUGGAGGAAACUGGAGGAGGAGGAAGAUGGUGAAACCAAGGGCCGAAGGCCAGAAAUUGGACAUAUCUUUCUCCUGGACAGAGACAUGGACUUUGUGACAGCACUCUGCUCCCAAGUGGUUUAUGAGGGCCUGGUGGACGAUACCUUCCGCAUCAAAUGUGGUAGUGUCGACUUUGGCCCAGAAGUCACAUCCUCUGACAAGAGCCUGAAGGUGCUACUCAAUGCUGAAGAUAAGGUAUUUAAUGAGAUUCGUAAUGAGCACUUCUCCAAUGUCUUUGGCUUCUUGAGCCAGAAGGCCCGGAACUUGCAGGCCCAGUAUGAUCGUCGGAGAGGCAUGGACAUCAAGCAGAUGAAGAACUUCGUGUCCCAGGAACUCAAGGGACUGAAACAAGAGCAUCGCCUGCUGAGUCUCCAUAUUGGGGCCUGUGAAUCCAUCAUGAAGAAAAAAACCAAGCAGGAUUUCCAGGAGCUAAUCAAGACUGAACAUGCACUCCUAGAGGGGUUCAACAUCCGGGAGAGCACUAGCUACAUUGAGGAACACAUAGACCGGCAGGUGUCACCGAUAGAAAGUCUUCGCCUCAUGUGCCUUUUGUCCAUCACUGAGAAUGGUUUGAUCCCCAAGGAUUACCGAUCUCUGAAAACCCAGUAUCUGCAGAGCUAUGGCCCUGAGCACCUGCUAACCUUCUUCAAUCUGCGGCAAGCUGGGCUCCUCACAGAGCAGGCCCCAGGGGACACCCUCACAGCAGUGGAAAGCAAAGUGAGCAAGCUAGUAACAGACAAGGCUGCAGGAAGGAUUACUGAUGCCUUCAGUUCUCUGGCCAAGAGGAGCAAUUUUCGUGCUAUCAGCAGAAAGCUGAAUUUGAUCCCACGUGUGGAUGGCGAGUAUGACCUAAAAGUGCCACGGGACAUGGCCUAUGUCUUCAGUGGUGCUUAUGUGCCCCUUAGCUGCCGAAUCAUUGAGCAGGUGCUGGAGCGGCGAAGCUGGCAGGGCCUUGAUGAAGUGGUACGGCUGCUCAACUGCAGUGAGUUUGCAUUCACAGACAUGACCAAGGAAGACAAGGCUUCAAGUGAGUCCCUGCGCCUCAUCUUGGUGGUGUUCUUGGGUGGUUGUACAUUCUCUGAGCUCUCAGCCCUCCGGUUUCUGGGCAGAGAAAAAGGGUACAGGUUCAUUUUUCUGACAACAGCAGUGACAAACAGUGCUCGCCUCAUGGAGGCCAUGAGUGAAGUGAAAGCCUGAAGUUUUCCCAACCAGUAUUGGAAUCUUCUUUGGACACAUGCCCCAGUGGGCUGUGGGAUUUCAGCACCCAGCUGCUAAGAAAGUGUCCACCAACUAUCCUGUGAGGAGCUGGGGAGCCUGGAACUUACUUGGGAUUUACAGAGCAUAUCUGAGGAGUGAGUUCACUUCCUGCAUCUGGGAGAUUGCUCUUCUUUGUUCAUGAAGUACAGCUUCUGCUGUUAAUAUACAAAAGGGAAAAAAGGUAUCCUUUACUAAUUCCUGUUUGAGUAUCAUUGUAAAUAAAGCUUUGGAUACUCUAAUGUAA